UCGGGGGAUAGGAGCAGCCUCAGUGGGGAGGGGGCGUCACUCCAGGCUGCCGGGGCUUCUUCCAAAGUAGGGGUGGGGAUGCUGAGUCACAGAUCUGUCACCACUUCGCACCUCUCUGCUAUCCCGGGGGCUAAAGCAAAAGCGAAAGCGAAUACUUCUGGCAAGCCAGCUGGUCCUUGAGCUGAGCUCGCCACCUCCUAGGGACCCCAGCCUUGCGUCCCGGUGGGUCACUGUGAGGGACGAUCGGCUAUGGCCUCGCCGCAGCUCCGGGGCUAUGGAGUCCACGCCCUCCCGAGGUUACUGCCGCCGCUGCUGCUGCUACUGCUGUUGCUCCCGCUGCGGGUGACGCCGGGCAUCACGUGCCCAACGCCCAUAUCUAUUGAACACGCAGACAUCCGGGUCAAGAAUUACAGUGUGAACUCCAGGGAACGGUAUGUCUGUAACUCUGGCUUCAAGCGGAAAGCAGGCACAUCCACCCUGACCGAGUGCGUGAUCAACAAGAACACGAAUGUGGCCCACUGGACAACUCCCAACCUCAAGUGUAUCAGAGACCCCUCCCUAGCUCACUACAGUCCAGUACCAACGGUAGUGACGCCAAAGGUGACCUCACAACCAGAGAGCCUCUCCCCUCCUGAAAAAGAGCCAGAAGCUUUAUCUCCCAAAUCAGAUACCACAGUGGCCACAGAGACAGCUAUUGUGCCUGGCUCCAGGCUGACACCAUCCCAAGCAGCUUCUGCAGGAACUACAGGGACGGACAGACACAAGUCCUCCCCAGCCCCAUCUCUUGCAACAACAAUGACCUUGGAGCCUACAGCCUCCACCUCCCUCAGGAUAACAGAGAUUUCUCCGCACAGUUCCGAAAUGACAAAAGUGGCCAUCCCCACAUCGGUUCUCUUGGUUGCUGCAGUAAUUGGGUUGGUUUUCCUGACCCGGUACAUCAAAUCAAGGCAAGCUUCUCAGCCGCGUCGUGUUGAGGUGGAAACCACGGAAACAGUACCAAUGACUGUGAGGGCCCGCAGCACGGAGGACGAAGACCACACGACUUCAGAAACUCAGGGAGACCAGCCCACGCGCGGAGUCUGAAGGGAAGACACAAAGGCAGUUAGUCCAGCUGCGCCUGGACACAGGAGCUGGCACCAGGAGAGUGACUGUUGUCAUAGUAGAAACCUCUGGUGUGAUCUGUUUUACUGAGCCUCAGUGCCUCCCAUAUGCACACUUGGGUCCCCAGUAUCCGGAAGGACACUACCCUUCCUCCUGGUGCAUCACCGAGGCUAACUUCGCAGAGUACACGCAGUCGGAGCUCCCCUGGGAGUCGCAUGCUCUCUAUAAAAAGCCUCUAAGUCCACUCAGACAGCAACUCACUUCUGUUCUGCACUCUCCUUUCUAUACCCUACUCUGAUUUACAGUUUACAGAGAUUAGCAAGUCUUCCAAGGCCCCUGUGGCACAGGAGGUGUCUGUAGAGAAGACAGAGCAGCACUCGAGCUCCUGAAGGCUUGGCUAUUGGCUGCUUUGCACCUAUUGGAAGAGAGCAGAGAAAGGCAGAAGAGAUAUUGAGCCAAUGAACCCUUUUGUAUAGGAUUCAUGACAAAAAGUGAACUCAGUGACCGUGUGUGUGUGAGAGAGUGUGUGAGUGUGUGUGUGUGUGUGUGUGUGUGUGUGUGUGUGUAAAAGUGUAUAUGUGCAUAUACAUUUAUAUUUAUACUUUCUUUUCUAUUAUAUCUACAUAUUGUAUACGAUUUAUAUUUGAAAGUGCCUUGUAUAGACAAAAUAAAGUAUCUAUUUUCAGUAUGGAAAGCA